AUGUCGGGACGCGAUCCCUACCCGUUUCCCCGGCUGGAGAACGACGCCAACUUCGUGGGUCGUAGGUCCAAGGAGAGAUCUGGAGAUGCAGUGCCCACAUUUUCCUCCACUAGCAGCGAUGACCAAUGGACUCGACUCAACGCUACAAAAACACUGUCCAGCGCCAGACAGGAGGUGGCUAUUCACGACCCUCAGGCCCCGAGAGACAGUCUGGACUUCGUUCUGAAGUGCCAGUACAACCAUAGCGACGAGUUCAUGCGGUCCAAGGCAGACACGCUAAUGCAGCCGGAGACGAUUGGACAGGAGCAUGGGAGGGUGCUGAAGAACAGACCUUCUCCCUGUAACCCUGUGACUCUGGAAGAUCUGCCGCUGGUGGACCAGUCUCCGUCCAGGAAGACCACCAUUCACUCCUGUAAAGGUCUGGCCAUUGAGAGCCACCAUUCCGAGGCCACUAACAGAGGUUACUCUCGCAAACAUGAUGGUGGAUUCUACUCCACCUAG